CUUCGUCUUCGUCUCCGUCUCCGUCUCCGACUCCGCCGAGCCGCUCUACUUCCUCUUCCCCCUCCGCACGAGAGGACACAACACCCGACGGCGAGGGACUAGGCGACAGAGGCGACGAUGAUGGCGUGUCGGCGGCUGGCGAGGGAGGCCGUCGCGGCCUCGCUCCGGCGGGGCGCCGCCACCGCGCCCAUCGCCCACGCUCGCGCCUCCUUUUCCGCCGCCGCCGCCGCCUACUGCACCUCCCGCGCUCCGGUCGCCGCCAUCCCUGUUCGUCAAUUCCUCGCGCGCUAUUCGAGCCCCGUUUUCCAACCUCGCGCUGCCGAGCUCGGGCCUUCGCUCGCCGCGAGAGUGGCCCUUGGACUCCGGCCGCAGCUGUCAGGCCUCAACCUGCUCAAAGGAUUUGGGACCUGUACCGCACUGGGGAUGGCACUUCAUCAAGGAAAGGUUACUGCUACCACAAGAGAUCUACCAUCAAACGCUGUUACUAGGCCACCCCCGGGAUCUUUGAAAAAUGAGCUUGGUUCCUUCUGGCCUUUGGUUAGGAAACUUCAGCUGCCAAUUGGAUUGAUGUUUCUGAUUUUGACUGGUUGGCAGUACCCAUUAGGUCUCACCAUCAAUAUCUUGCUUCUCAUCUACUGCUCGAGACCUAGCCGCUAUUCAAUAUACCUGUUUCUUCAGGAGCUUCGUCAUAGGGAGAUGGGCCAAAAUAAUGCUAUGUGGAAAGAGGAGCUUGUGCAUACAAGAAAUGUUGACGUUCAAGAUUACAAGUUCUUUUCUAUUGGAACCGUUGAAUUACCAGAUGGAAGGGUGCUGCAUCUCAUUGGAAUGCUGGGCAGCUGGUGGAUCCACCAUGUGUCUUAUGUCAAGUGAAAAGAGUGGGUGUAGAAUAUAUUUUAGUUCUGUACAGAGAGUUAACCAGCUGGUGCUGAGCAGCGGAUAUUUUGAAUCAAUUCUAACUGACUGUUGCUAUUUAGAAAAUUGACAUUUUCGUAGGUGAACUAUAAAUGUAAGUUUUCUAUAAGCACUGAUAUCCAAUGCUGUCAAAAAGGUAUUUGCAAGAAUAUAAUGCAAUCCAGUGCUAUUUCUCAUAGGCUGUACUUCCA